CAUUUGUCGUCUUGGAUUACGUCGCAUCGAAACUCUCUCUUACGUUUGGUGUUUAAUCCACGAGCCGUGGUGGCAAGUCGCUUGUCCGAAAUAGAUGAUUGGAACGUACUCCUCCUCGAAGCAGGUGGCGAUGGAAGUGCUGUCUAUGAUAUUCCUUCUCUUGCCGACAAUCUGCNAGCUCACCAAAAUCGAUUGGGAAUACACGCCGGAACCCAAUAAUAGUUACUGCCGAGCGAUGGAGAAUGGUCGUUGCCGUUGGCCACGGGGCAAGCUCCUUGGAGGUAGCAGCGGAAUAAACUCCAUGCUUUACGUCCGUGGUGCCAAAAAGGACUACGACAUCUGGAAACAACAAGGCAAUCCAGGAUGGUCUUAUCAGGAUGUGCUGCCUUGUUUCCUCAAAUCCAAAGACAAUUGAAAUCACAACUACGCCAAAACACCGUAUCAUUCGACCGGCGGAUACUUAACCGUCGAAGAAACACAAUGGCGUACUCCUCUGGCCGCUGCGUUCAUUCAAGCCGGCAAAGAAAUGGGUUACGAGAGUCGGGAUCUUAAUGGAGAACGGCAAACUGGCUUUAUGAUCCCUCAAGGCACCAUCAGAGAUGGCAGCCGCUGCUCCACGGCGAAGGCCUUUCUGCGGCUAGUCAGGAUGCGUAAAAAUUUACACGUUGCCAUGGAAGCGUAUGUUACUAAAAUUUUAAUAGAUUCGUCGUCGAAGAAGGCUUAUGGCGUAGAGUUCAUUAGAAACGGGGAGACGAUGCGCAUACGUGCCAACAAGGAGGUGAUCGUUUCCGGAGGAGCUAUCAAUAGUCCUCAGUUGUUGAUGCUGUCAGGAAUAGGACCUAAAAAACACAUAUCAGAUCACGGUAUAGCAGUGAUUCAGGAUUUAAGAGUGGGCCAUAACCUCCAAGAUCAUGUAGGCGUGGGAGGCCUUAUGUUCCUGGUGAAUGAAGAAAUUUCAUCCAUAGAGAGCAAGAUGACUAAUAUUAGCUAUAUCCUAGAAUACGCCAUGUCCGGUGAUAGUCCUUUGACUACCUUAGCAACAGUGGAGGGAACAUGUUUUCUCAAUAUCAAAUACGCGAAUGCCCCCGAUGACUUCCCAGACAUACAACUGCAUUUUAUGUCAGCGGGACAAAAUAACGAAAUUUUUAGGGAAGGUCGUGGACUGACCAGAGAAUUCUACGACGCCGUUUAUGGAAAGCUUGGCGAUAGGGGCUCGUGGAGCGCGGUUCCCUCGCUUUUAAGACUGAAAGGUAGAGGUGUGGUCAAGCUUCGAGGCAACAAUCCGUCCGAUCAUCCAUUGAUUUGUCCGAAUUAUUUCAAGGAGCCAGAAGACAUGGCGGCAUUGAUCGAAGGAGCUAAGUUUGUGCUCGAGAUGAGUAAAAUUGCUUCGCUUAGACAUUACGGGAGCAAAAUGAAUCCGACACGCUAGGCGCGCUAGGACCUCCCCCCCCCCCCCCUCCGUGGGGUUCUAAUUUUGGCGCUGGUGGUUCAGCGCCUCGGGGCCGCCACAGCGGCAUCGACAAUGAGGCGCGAUGUGACAUGGCCGCACAUCGCGUCACGAGGGGAUGUAUCAUUGUGCGCGGAGGGGGCUCGAUGUGUCGCUUAUGGCGGUUCUCGGGCCUCCCUCGAUCCCAUCGGGCACGGUCAUCGUGGAGGUUUUAGCCGGUUGGAGUCCGACACUACCACGACGCUUUCCCCAGAAGCGGUCUGGCGUCCGUGCGGAUUUCCUCCGCGUAAAAAAAAAGUCGCACUUCCAAGAGGAAGUGUAGUAGAAUGCUAUAGUCUGUUCAACGAAACGAGACAGUAAACGUGAGCUAAACGUGAUUGAUACAGUUGCAACUGUUGGCUGUCGACUAGUGACACUCGAGAAAUUAAUAUUUUGAGUAACUUUUUUUAUACAUGUAAUUGUUGACCUGAAACUAUUGUUCCUAAUGAAGGAAACUAUUGUUGCGAAUAUAGAUUUCGAAAUAUUCUCAAAAGCUGUUGAUAGCACUACAGUAAAUUUUGCCUAUUAUCGGCAAACGUACAAUAAAUUAUACUUUUUUCGACAUUUUUUAUGUAGAAAGUCAAAGGGAACGUAGACUUCAACAUCUUUGUUACUUGUGCAAAUACAAACAAAUAUAAUAGGAAAAGUUUCUAAAAAUACUUAAAAAUGGCAUACUUUCAUCAUCGCAUCAUUGUGGCUAGUAGAAAAUGGAUUUCAAACACGUAGAUUGAUAUUGAUCUUGAAAUGAGCUUGAGCAGAAGAAUUAAUAAUUUGUAGCGAAGUAAGAAGUUGAACGUUUUCAUAUUUACGCCCCAAAUUUUUAUUAUUCUGCAAGAAAUGUUCUAUACGAUCUAUGAUUACUUUGAAACAUUCCAAAUGAUCCGAAUAAGUAUCAUGAACUACGCAAGUGUUAUAGAACCCAUAAAAAUAAAGAACUGCACUGUACUUACGUAUUGUCGAACAGAAUCGAACCGUGAACUGUAAGUAAAACAUACGUUGCUGUGUCUUGUUCACAUUGUUCCCAUGUGAUGUUAUCGUAUUGUUAGGGCAACGAAGUAGCUGUGAUUCGGUGUAGCUACAUACGGUGUAACCAAUGUGAAAAAAACCUGCUCUGCACUUAUCACAUUUUUGAUUCUUCAUUACACGUGGCACUGAUUAUAAUAUACAGGGCAUCUCGCAGCAUCGGGAAAUGGUUUCAUCGGUGAAUUUUGCGCACGAAAACAAUAAACAGUGCUCAUAUGAACGUACACCCUAUUUGACCUGAUUUCCGAGUUUUAGCGAGUUCUAUGUUGAAGUAACUUUAUCGGAAGAUGGAAGUAGUUGAACUAAUUUCACCUACCUAUUUGCGAAUAGAAUUCGGUAUCUCAUAAACAAUAUCUGGAUAAAUGGAGAGAGCAAGAAGAACAACAAUAAAACGUCUCGCGUUCAAAUGCAAAGAGUUUAUUAUGAACACUUCUUAAGAAGGCAUGUAGAUAGAGUUUGUUAACUUAUUGUAAAUUUUUAUUUACAAAUUUAAUUCACUGUAACUCGAGAACGAAGAAAAAUAGGGAACAUGUUUGCAAGAACGUUUUUUAUCGUUUUCAUGUGCAGAAUCCACAGCUGCACCGGUUCCCUGAUGCUACGAGAUACUCUGUACAAAUAAGGAAUAUAUUUGUAUAAUCAUUAUACAGAUUGAUUAUAUAUAUUGAUUGAUUGAGUAUAGUGAAGUACAGCUUGAAAAUGUGAAAAAUAUUACAUUCAUUAUAAACUUUCCUAGUUUAAGUAGAAAGAUUAGAAAUAUAUUGUAGAGAUACAUAAAACCAUAUAUAACCUAUAUACAUACGUGUAAAAUAAAAAUGUACACUAAAUAAUAAAGGAUAUAUUUUUAUGUACAAACAUUUAUAGUGUACCAUACCCAAACGUAGUUUGAACUUCGGUUGACAUAGAUAAAAAAAAUUCACAUUCAGUAUCGGAUUCGAGAACCAAGUUUGCUCUGUAUUCUAUUCUUAUUUUAAUAGUCCUUGGAUCAUUGUCACCAUAUCUUCCGGUUCAUCGAAAUAGUUUGGAUAAAUCAAUGGAUAAUUAAAGGGAUUGUUGCUCCGAAGCUUGAUAACACCUCUGCUCUUAGGUCUUAAAAGAGUAGGAAACACGGUCUACGCCUCCUUAUCCUGAAGGUCUGCAUGUACAUACGACAUCAUAGAAUUCUCUGGUCAACCUAAAAAUCUUUCUACUGGCGUUGGAGAUGACAUCCGAUGAGGUAAAAUGUAGUUGUAUGUCUGGGCAGUUGUCGAAGGCAUUCGCAUAUUUGGCAUCGAUAAAAGCUACUCCUUCAAUAAAUGCAAAGGACCGUCUCCGGAUAUGGCGUAUUCUAGGUUAAAGCUAAUGUUAUUCAGUCUGUUCUGUACGAUUGCAACUUCUUCAUUGACUAAUAACGUAAGACUCUUCGCACUUGUACGUUCUUCAAGAUUAUGGCUUACUCUUAAAUUCUGAAUCGCCGAUGGCUAAAAAAUGGAUUCGGAUUCAUUUUGCUGAAUCUUGUUGCUAAUUACUGAAAAUGAAACAGUUUUAUUCAUCUCGAAUAGAAACAUUUUACCAUUAUUAACAAAAAAUAUUAUAAAAAAUUUCACGGUAUCCACCUACUUUAUAAUUUAUAGUUUACCUUAUAAUUGAACUAAACGAAAUUAGACGUAAGUAGCAUUAUAUUUUGUUUGAGAAAUUAAUAGAAAAAUAUCAAUUUUUAUUAUAAUUUUUGAGUAGACAUUUUGAAAUAUAGUUUAUGUAGUUCAAUUUAUCACUAAAAAACAAGCAAUUUUCUGCAUAUAACGUUUUUUAUACACAGAGUUAUAUUAAGAAAAUAUUGAGAAAAAUGCGUUUUUCAUCUCCAACUUCAGGGGCUGUUUCAUCCUCUAAAUGUGAAUGAUUGCUGAUAAUAAAAAUACAGGUCAGAUAUUUUUUCGAGAACUAUAUCCCGUAUAAAUUUCAUCAAAAUCCUUUGCUAAUGUUGUUUAUGCAACAAGGCCCAUUAGGUCAGAUCAAAUUCAUUCCUAUAGCUCUGUUGAGUAAACUAAUACGAUCUAUAAAAUUACAUUUAAAGUACCUAUUAAAGACUAAAGCUAAGGAAGCGAUACGAUUGAUGCUUAAAAUAAUGUAUAUUUUCAUAUUAAAAAAAAAUAGUGCCAUUCGUUUUUUCCCGUAACAUUUUUUUCUAAUAUCAGCCGAGAAGAAGAUAUGGCUUGCUACAAUUACGUGAAUUACCCUAUGUACCAGGAUAAUACGAUACCGGAUAAUGAAAAUCGAAGAGAAAAGAAUUAUAAGAUAUACCAAAAUGGAUCGUCUUUAUCUUACUCAAAUACAUCGAUCUACUUAUUUCGAUCGUUUGAAAGAAUAAAUAAAUCGAAGUGAAAUUUGUAACAUUUCUAUAAAACAAAUCAUCAGAGUAUCUUUAUUUUAUUUAUUUUUUUAUUUUCUUCUGUUAUUUUUAAAAUUAAUCUUAAACUAUCAAUUUGUUUUAGCAUUAGUUUCCUUAUUUUCAAAGAAUCGAAGAAGUUAUUGACGAAUGAAAACAAGUAUUAAGCUCCUAUCAUCCAGCUCGAUUCAUCAACUUGAAGACUGUGAGAAAAAGACUAAGCUUCGUCAUCUUCAGUUGUCUCGGUGUACCAACCGAUCUAGCAACCUUUAACUUUUAUCACUGGUAUAAAGCCUUUCCUUCCUGUUCGUGGUUUCCUUUCUUUCUUGUUUCUGUAUUUCUCUAGAUCUCCGUUCUCAUUUUAUUUUUAUUUUAUCUUUAAACGUCACCAUUAAUACUACGGCCUUAUCUCGUUCUUUCCCAUUGUUUUUCCUCUUAUCUCAAUGCUGUCAUUCGGAUAUUUUUGUUUCAUUCCAUUUCAUUUUCCUGCUACUUAAUUUUCCUUUUAUUUAUUUGUAUUUAUGUUUCCCCUAUAUAUAUUUUUUUUUUAUAAUUCCCUCAUUUCGAUUUUGUUCUAACACGUUUUCGAAAGUCGUUCUCCGCUUAUUAUUUCAACAUUUUCGUUGAAAUUCAUCUCAAGUGAUUCCAGAAGGGAAUCUCGUAAUAAAUCACUAUGCAUUUUGUUUCCCUUGUCUUGAUUAGUUUCGUUGCAAUUUAAGAAGGAAACGAGAUCUUCGAGCCACAUAAUAUACAGAAACGUAACAAGUUCCGUCGCGAUUAGAAGCUUCGCGGUUGAUCCAACGUUGUUAACGCGAUCGGCGUUAUCUUGUUUCUAUCAAUUACUCCUCCUGCAAUUAGUCACGUCGUCUUCAAAGAGCCAGAUAUUUUUGCUGCGUGUUUUAGGAAAAUGUUACAAAAUGACAAAUCAUAGGAAAUAUUCUUAACACAUUCGCAGCCGGCAACGUGGUUCUACGUCAUUUCAAAACCUGAGGCUAGUUGCUGUUAACACGAUUCUACCAUAUCUUGUUUCAUAUUCACAAUGAGUUACGCGCACCUUGCAAUGACUAGUACUUUACUAUUUGUUGUUACAUGCUUCUCUAAAUUAUUAAUGCUAUAAUAUCGCAGUCAUAAGCCGCAUAAGGUGCAUUACAUGGCAGUUUGGAAACUGUUGGAUGGCCUGGCAAACAGAUCUCUAGAAAGUUAUUUUACAUCACACCAUGAUAUGACACAGCAAAAUUUUGCAUAUUCGCUGGCAAUCUAACAGCGAAAUUCUGCGACGCUUCGGCUAUGGACUCUUGGAAAUUGUAAACGAUGAACAGCUAAGGCUCCCGUGUCAGACUCAUCGGCUGCGAAUGUGUUAAAAUGUCCCUUUUUUCUUUUUUACAACUAAAAGAAUUACGUUUGAAAUAGAUAAAGAGAACUACGGAAAUGUAUAAAACUAUUAGAAAUAUUUCUUUCUAUCCUUUUUAUUUCAAAUAUUUAUUCAAUAAUAAUAUCGUUAUCUUGAUGGAGUCUGGUAGAGUUUUUCUGUAUUUUAAGCUUUCAGUUUGCAUUUACAUUCCCGUUCGCCAUUUUAUUUUUCCUUGCAUCAACGUAAAUUCAUGUCUGCAUGUAGCAGUUUCGACAUAAAUCGAUGCCGGCGGAUUUUCUGAUGGCGUCAUUCUCUGAUCGCAUCGUAAGUGGAAUUUAUUACACUAGUUGUAAGAUAUAUAAAUACCUAUCCAUCUUGAUGAAUUAAUGGAUCCUUUAUCAUUAGGCCGAAGAAACGUUUAAAACAAUAUCCAGCGUGUUACGUUAAAUUGUAGUUCCUAGAACGAUAUAUUACAUCAUAUACAUAUACACAUAUACAUACAUAUACAUAUAUACAUUUCGUUUUGUAAGGAAAUAAAACACGCACA